CAGGAAAGCAAAAACCGGCCUACACGAUGGAAACGACACCGGUCGAUUUAGGAUUUCUGGAACCGAGUGAACCGUGGCUACUAACUAACAAAUUUUUCCGCAGUAAAGUUGGAGGAAAACCGGCAUGGCUGGAGCUACUUAAAUUGCCAAAACCGGACGAACUGCUGUGCGAACAGUGCAAGGAACCGCUUACAUUCCUAUGUCAGGUGUACGCUCCAGUCGAGGAAAAUGAAGCAAGCUUCCAUAGAAUAUUGUAUGUCUUCGUGUGCUCCACCGCAGCAUGCAAUCAGUCCCCUGCGCCGGAAACAAGAACCAUCAAAGUUUUGCGAAGCCAACUACCGCGAAGGAACGAGUUUUACGAAUAUGAUCCACCGGAUGAGACAAACGAAUCGCCACCAGUAAAAUCGCCAGUUCCUUUAUGCGUGGUUUGUGGCUGUCGUGGACCGAAGCUUUGCUCCCGAUGUAAAUCAGUGAAUUACUGCGGUCCAUCCCAUCAGCGGCUCGAUUGGAAAGGGGGUCAUAAAACUGUAUGCUCCGAGGAGGGAACUGUCGAACGAACACUGCAACGUGAGCCAAGCUCAAUACUGCUGCCAGAAUUUGAAAUUAUAACAGAGCCUGAAGAAUAUGAGGCUAAAGCCAAAGUUUCCGAGGAGGAAAAUGAGAAACGGCAAAUGGAAGAGUACGAAAGGCUUAAAAACGAAGGCAAGGUUGGUGCGCUUGACGAUCUACCCGAGGGAGAGUUGGAUAAGUAUUCCGGCGAACAGGUGGAGGACAAAACGUUCAACAGAUUCAAGGCGCGCAUUGCGGUCGAUCCGGACCAGGUUCUGCGCUACGAGCGUCGUGGCAAUCCGCUCUGGCUGUCACCGGUUGUACCGAAGGAGAUACCAAGCUGCGGUAUGUGUGCCGGUCCGAGGGCGUUCGAGUUCCAGAUAAUGCCCCAGCUGUUGAACAGUUUGGCCAGCGACAGUCUAGAUUGGGGGACGCUAGUAUGCUACACAUGCGAAGGAAGCUGCAAUAUUGAGGGAUAUGUAGACGAGUUCAUCUAUCGACAGGAUGUGUUGAACUUGAACAUAACAAAACCAUGAUUGCAAAAAACCGAAUCACGGUAAGUAACAAAUGACAUAUGGUGUUCGGUAUUUUAAUAUUUAAUGUUAAAGGAUAUAUGUGGCAAACAAGUUAUUAGAUUUUCAAAACUAAAGCACAAAAGCCGAAAGUUGUUUCAAAAUAAAAUCUAAACGUAGCUGUA